AUGGGAGGCCCCAAUCUCGAAGUGUUCAAGUUCGGCAUGUAUAUCAUGUUCCCAAUCGCCAUCAUGUACUAUUACGGUACAAAUCUCGAUCAACGAUUUUCGGUUCCGGAUUUCUGGCCAAGAGUUGAUCAGACUAAUCGUAUACCGUUUGAGAGGGACGAGAUCAAAUCAGAGCUUGAGAGGUUAAGACAGAAGAGACUGUACUUGAGAGAGCAGAGGGUGCGGGGUGCCAAUGGAUCAAACGAAGAGGAGAAAUAGGGAAGAAGAUGGCUAUGAAGAAUGCAACAAUAGAAUAGUGGCAUAUGAAGGGAGUUGAAGGCAGAGAAUUUUACGGAACGACAUUGGUAUAAAAUGGGCUAUAAGGCAGGCUGGCGUUCUAUGAGCACACAUAAGCAAUAUGUUGCAGGGCUGGUCUGGUAGAGAGGACUGGUAGAGGACAUGCAUAUUUUGCUCGACUAUUGCGGAGUUUCAAAGGAUGGAGCCGAAUUAUUCAAUCUUUCUUGAAGCAUGGCUGAGGGGUGAGGGAUGCUUUCUGCUUUAGUACAAAUCCCUCCUAUUGUACAUCCUAUUGUACAUCCUAUUGUACAUCUAGUCUAC